AUGCAACCACUUACAGUAUUCUUACUUGCCACAUUGGCAUUGCUUGUGUCUUCUGAAGAGAUCAAGAAAUUGCCAGGAGUCGAUUUCGAACUCAACUUCAAACAUUAUUCCGGAUUCUUCCAAGUUUCUGACAACCACGUGCUUCACUAUUGGUUCGUCGAAUCUCAAAAUGAUCCAACCAACGAUCCAUUGAUCUUCUGGUUCAAUGGUGGUCCAGGAUGUUCGUCGCUCGACGGACUUCUCAAUGAAAUGGGACCAUACGUUGCUAAUGAGGAUGGUAAAACACUUCGUGAAAAUGAGUAUGCGUGGAAUAAAUUGGCUUCGGUUGUUUAUAUCGAAUCACCAGCUGGAGUUGGAUAUUCUUAUGCGACUGAUGGAAAUAUCACAACUAAUGAUGAUUUGACAUCGUUGGAAAACUAUGAAGCUCUUAAACAGUUCUUCACUGUAAGUUCACGACCAUACAAGGCGACCGUUGAGUCAGACACGAGAGUAUUUUGCGAAAAUGUCCCGAAAAUGAAUUUCGCUACGAGAUAUUUACAAUAAAACAUGUGUUCCUUGAAACAAAAUGCGGUGUUUUUUCAAAGGGACACACAUUUUCUCCAAAAAUAUUUCGAAGCGAUGUCUUUCUCUGUCUUAGAUGACGUCAUCUCUCGUCUGACCCCAGGGGUUUUUUCUAUUGGAGUACUUAACUGGUCGUGCAAAAAAGUUUUUUUAACAGUUGAAAAAGCUACUCUGAGCUUUUCCCCAAUUUUGAUUUCUCCAGGAAUUCCCACAAUUCCGUCACCAUGCUACUUUCAUUAUGGGAGAAUCCUAUGGAGGAGUUUAUGUGCCAACUUUGACUGCCAGAAUUGUUGAUGGACAAGAAGACUUCCCAAUUAAUCUUAAGGUAAGUAUUUUCCAGGCUUUUAGGAGCUUUUAGAAACUAUUAAAGCUCCUUAGAGGCUUCUGGAAGCAUUUAAAGGCUUUUAGAGCUCACUUGAAGCUUCUAAAGUCUAACCUACUUUUGGUCUAAAAUCAAAUUUUUCCAGGGAAUGGCCCUUGGAAACGGAUAUGUUCACGAAACUCUCAACAUCGAUUCAUCAGUUCGUUUCGCUUACGGUCACGGACUUAUCGAUGAAAAAGUUUGGAAUACCCUUGAAACAUCGUGUUGUAAAGGAUGCAUCGAUAGUUGCGACUUGACUCAAGUCACUGGACAUUGUGCUACGAUGGUUGAAGAGAUCUUCCAAUUCUUGUGGUUCGGCGGGCUUAAUCCAUAUGAUUUGUAUAGAGAUUGUGAUCCAAACCCGUCAGCGAACAGCAAGAGAAUGACACAUUUGUUGAGAGGUGUUGCACCAAAAAUGGCCAAGUUUGAUAAUCUUUUCAAAAAUGCUACCAAGAAUAGUCUUUAUCAAUAUUUGAAGGUAACUUUUACUUGGGGAUUAAGAUAGUUUUUUUUUCAAAGAAAAAAUUUUUCAGAACAAGCAAGAAAAACCGUUGACCGCUGAUGUUCCAUGCUUAAAUGACACUGAGAUGUUGUCAUAUAUGAAUGAUCCAAAAAGUCAGAAAAGCCAUCCAUAUUCCAUUCAACCUUGGAAAAUGGGAUAUUUGCAGUGAUAAAGUGACAACAACCUAUCAAAAACAAUAUCAAGAUUUGAGUCCGUUUGUCAAAAAGGUUGUGAACAAUCAUGUUCGCGUUCUUCUUUAUUAUGGAGACACUGAUAUGGCUUGCAAUUUUAUGAUGGGACAACAAUUCUCAGCUCGUCUUGGACUUAGAGUAUGUUAUUAUACAGUGAUUCACGAAAUAAAAAAACUUUAUUUAACGUUAAAAAACCAAACAAGUGAUUUACGAACGGUAUUUUUAUUCAUUUUUUCACCAUUUUCUUAAUGGGCCUAUGCAGAAUAAUAUUUUGUAAUAAAAAAACAUUUUUUUCCUAUGCAGAAAAACGUCUAAAAAACAAAAUAUACAGUUUAUUAUUUUGAGUAGAGACAACGUGAAGUUGAGAGAGUGCAGAAAAAAAACCCAUUUUAUGUCUGCGCUCUCUCAAUUUCACGUUGUCUUUAUUUUGUUUUUUCGACGUUUUUCUGCAUAGGAAAAAAAUGUUUUUUUAUGUUUUUUUAUUACAAAAUAUUAUUCUGCAUAGGCCCAUUACACAUUCCCAACUGACGUGAAUAAAUUGAAGCUAAAACGCAUUUUAUUGACCAGAACAUCUCCCAAAAAAUGAAAUUGGUGAUUUUCGAAAAUUAACAAUUGAUUUUAAAGGCUUGAUUUGUCUUCUCAUUUAAAGAACUUGGGAUGACAUUUCUAAAUUUUAAAAUUGCGUUUCAGCUUCACUUUAUUCAGUGUGUUGAGAAAAUGGUGAAAAAAUGAAUAAAGAUACCGUUGGUGAAUCCCUUUUUAAGUUUUUUUAACGUUAAAAACGUUUUUUUUUAAAUUUUGUUAAUCACUUAUCAGAAGUCUUCUACAAGCAAAGUUAAAUGAUUACAGAGAACCCUCAAAAAGACGCCAUGGAAAUAUGACAGACAAAUCGCUGGAUUCAAAACUCUUUACGAUGGUUUGACAUUCUUGACUGUUCGCGGAGCCGGACAUAUGGCUCCACAAUGGCGUGCACCACAAAUGUACUAUGUUAUUCAACAAUUCCUUCUCAAUCAUCCAAUUUAA